UGCCCCCCUCAGCCCUGCCCCCCUCAGCCAUGUGGUCCAUCUGUGUACAAUCCUGUGGCUCCCCCUUGUGGAGGCUCUGGAGGCCAAGGUCACGGAACAGGGCCUGGUUGUGGACGUGACUGUGGUCAGAGCCAUGGUCCUGGACCUGGCUACGGGCACGGCCAUGAUCAUGGACAUGAUCAUGGACAUGGACAUGGACAUGGACAUGGACAUGGACAUGGACAUGAGCAUGAUCAGGAUCAUGGACAUGGACAUGGACAUGAUCAUGAUCAUGGCUGUGAUGAUCAUGGACAUGGACAGGGACAUGGACAUGAUCAUGAUCAUGGACAUGGACAUGGACACGGACAUGGACAUGGACAUGAUCAUGAUCAUGGCUGUGAUGAUCAUGGACAUGGACAUGGACAGGGACAUGGACAUGGACAGGGACAUGGACAUGGGCACGGGCAUGGGCACGGGCAUGGACAUGGACAUGGACAUGGGCAUGGGCAUGGGCAUGGACAUGGACAUGGACAUGGACAUGGACAUGGACAUGGACACGGACAUGGCCACAAACAUAAGCAUGGACAUAUGCAUGGCCAUUGUCACAAAGGAGAGAGGAAGUGUCAUGGGUCGUCCAGCAGCUCCUGCAGCAGCGACUCUGACUAGAGGUGAAGAGAAACCACCGGAGCUCCUUCGUGUUCUGGCCGUCGAUAAUAAACAACCCUCCAUGUGUGCUUCUUCAUCUCAGGGUCUCAUGUGCAUCAUCAUCAUUUUGAGUCUUGUUAAUUCGUCACGUGUUGUUAAAUCUUAUGUGAAUCUCUUAUAUAAGGUCAGAACAUCCUGUCAGCAACACAGCUCCAGUCUCUGACUCCCUUCUGAUGCAUUAACAGCAGCGUUGCUUUAAAAAUCUUUUACAUCAGUCUACUACUGACAGUUUCAUAUGUUUUACACAUGAAUUGUUCCUUUGUGAUAAACAACAUAUUACUCAUAAAAGCAAUUCAUCUCA